UGCUAAGCUAUUAUAGCGCGGGGUAUAUAAGGCUCAGCUUAGAAAACGAGGCGGUUCAGUUGGUGGUCAUACGCCACGCUAAAACAUACGUGAUCUGGAGAAUGAAUAUUAAGGUUGCCAUCAUUUUGGUGGCGGUGGCCAGCCAAGUUUUAUGCGCCAAGAUCUCAAAGCAAACGGAGAAGAGUUCGCAGGAUGUCAAGGCGGAAUCAACAGAGAAGAAGACGGAAAAACGCGGGCUCCAUCACAGUUUCGGUGACUUGGGCGGCGGCGGCGUUGAUUUGCACGGCGGCGGAGGCGGCGGCGGCGGCGGCGGCGGCGGCGGCUACGGCGAUGAGCACGAGCACGUGAAGACCGUGACAGUCGUGAAGAAAGUGCCCGUGCCGUACGAAGUAACGAAGCACGUGCCCUAUCUGGUGGAGAAGCAUGUGCCGUACGAGGUUAAGGUCGGCGUGCCGCAGCCCUACACCGUGGAGAAGCACGUGCCCUACCCGGUGAAGGUGUUCGUCAAAGUGCCGGUGCCGGUGCCGCAGCCGUACACCGUGGAGAAGAAGGUGCCGUACGAGGUGAAGGUGCCCGUGGACAAGCCCUACGAGGUGAAGGUAUACGUGCCGCAGCCGUACACGGUGGAGAAGCACAUACCCGUGCCGGUGAAGGUGCCGGUGCCGCACGUGCCGAAACCGUACGCGGUGCCGGUGAAGGUGCCGGUCGACAAGCCCUACAUCGUCGAGAAGGAGGUGCCGGUCCCGGUCGAGAAGGAAGUACCGGUGCCCGUUAAGGUCCCGGUCGCCGUGCCGGUGCACAUACCGAAGCACCACGGGGAUCUGGGCGGUGACGGUGGCGGCUACGGUGGCGGCUACGGUGACGGUGGCGGCUACAGUCUGCACUCCGGUGGCGGCUACGAUCUGCACUCCGGCGGCGGCGGCGGCGGCGGCGGAGGCGACGGUGGCGGUUACGACGUGCAUUCGUAUCACGGUUGAUCCUUGCGACGACGCGAAACGGACACGCGAAACGAGCGUCGGGAAAGCGUUUCUUCUCGCUCUCGCGUUCGCAACGUAAUCGCGCGCUUCUUUGCAGAUCGCAAUACUCUUUCGCCGGACCGCUUUAGCAAAAUCUUCGAGAAGCAAUCUCGGGAGCUAUGUACAAAAUUUUAGACGCUUGAGCAAAGAUUUCAGUGUCCCGAGAUUAGCGCAUUGGGAGGAAUAUGCGGGUGAUAAUUAGCUAGAUUGACGAGUUCAUCGACGUAUCUCUUUGUAUUAUAUUUCCGGAAAUAAUUGUAGCAAUUAUUUCGACCGAAAUAUUCUUAGGUUUUAUAUUAAAGUAUAGAUGAAAUAUCGACUAUUCUAUCGGGUCUUCUCUUCACCGCGAUAACGAAUCGCGCAUAUCAUUAAAUUAGCACAUUGAAAAUCCAAACAAACAUUUUCCGCAUACACAACUACAUUUCUGCAUUACGAAAAAAAAAAAAAAAAAAAAAUCGUAACUGCGAAUACGAGUUUCAGCGAACAUUAACGGCUUAAUAUAUUGGCCUGCUGGCGCUAUAUUGGCUUAUUUGCGACAACCCGUUAUGUCCAUGCGUAGUAUUGCUGUGAAGUAUGUUUACCAUACUCAGAAACGUUGUACCUAAGUAAGUUAAGUGAAAAAUGGAUUGUGCAAAGAGUAUCUUUUUAUAUUAAAAACUUAA